UUUAUGGCAAAAAUUAUUUCAUAACACAUGAAAAAUUGGAAUUAUGCAACUUUUUUGACUAUGAUUAUUGAUCCCAUGAUGCUCUCAUGUAAAAUGGCUGCCGCUUGUGACUGACGACGAAGAUUGCGGAAUAUUUUAGACAAAUUUUAGUGUAUUCCGUCCACCUACGCACCCUGUUCCUGUAGGAAAUGGCGUACCGUCUACUAUCAUCCUGCCAGACGUCUUACUUGCGGCAGUUGGGCAGAAACUGCCUCAGAAAUGCGAAACGAAAUGAGCCAAUAUUGCGUCAGGCAAGUUCUUCCACUCGUUACAUAAACAGGAAUGCGCGGUCGUUCAACUUGUCGGACUUGCAAAACAGUCUGAUUCCGUGCCUGGAUUGUACUACUAACCGGCUGGGACACAGGACCGCGGCAAGACUCAACAGAUAUGUACAGGAAACAGUUCGACAAGUUCAGGCAGAGUACAGAGGGAUCUGUCGUUUACUCACCAGAUCUGGGAUGGAGGUUCCACAAAGUGUGGUCAGCAGACUAUUUGGCAUAGGCUUACUACAGUUCCUGAGAACAACCCCCAGCCCACAACAACAACGUCCAGGUGGCAGACCUCCUGGGCAACAAGGAGAGGAUGAUGGUCAACAACAGCCGAACGAUGACAACUUGAACAGGCUGAGAUUCGUGGUCCUUGUCUUCUUCCUACUCUCCUUGUUCUUCAUGCAAGGUCAGAACGACGGCGGGCGCAUGGUGUCAUGGCACGAGUUUGUACAUGACAUGCUGGCAAAGGGAGAGGUGAGUAGUGUGGAUGUGGAAGACUCAGAUGUGGUUCGUAUCCACCUCCAGCCUGGAGCUCAGGUGUUUGGACGUAAGCACUACACCAGUACAGUAUACUCCAUGCGGGUGGGAAACACAGAGACGUUUGAGGAGAAAUUGAGACGUGCGGAGGACGACCUUGGCAUCAACCCUCAGGAUUAUGUCAAGGUCACCUUCAGCCAUGUUGGUGCCGGGACCAGGUUGAUGUCCACCCUGUUGAUAACCGGGGCCCUGCUGGGCAGUUUGAUGCUGGUCAUGAUGUUUGUUGCCAGAAGUGCCAUGAACCAGGGAGGCUUGGGAGGAUUUGCUCAGAUGACUCAAGCAAGGUUCACCCAGUUUGGUGCUGGAGGAAAAGUUCCCAACGUGAAGUUCUCUGAUGUAGCUGGUCUGAAGGAAGCUAAACAGGAGGUUAUGGAGUUCGUAGACUACCUCAAGGCCCCCAAGAGGUAUCUGGACCUGGGUGCCAAGUUCCCUAAAGGUGCCCUUCUGCUGGGCCCUCCUGGGUGUGGGAAGACUCUCCUGGCUAAGGCAGUGGCUACGGAGGCACAGGUACCCUUCCUGGCCAUGGCAGGGUCUGAGUUUGUGGAGAUGAUUGGCGGUCUGGGUGCUGCCAGGGUUCGUUCACUGUUUAAAGAAGCCAGGAAGAAACACCCCUGUAUUAUCUACAUUGAUGAGAUUGAUGCUAUUGGCAGGAAGAGAAGUCAAGGGAACUUUGAUGGUAGAAGUGGAGAAGAGGAACAAACGUUGAACCAGCUUCUAGUGGAAAUGGAUGGCAUGGGAACUGAACAGGGUGUGAUCGUUCUGGCUUCCACCAACAGGGCAGAUGUGUUGGAUGAUGCCUUGCUGAGACCAGGCCGCCUAGACCGGCACAUCCUGAUAGACCUCCCGACCCUGGCCGAGCGUAAGGAGAUAUUUGAGCACCACCUGAAGGCCCUGACUCUGAAGAGACCCAGCUCGGCCUUCUCACGACGACUGGCUGAGCUCACCCCCGGCAUGAGUGGCGCCGAUGUUGCCAACAUUUGUAACGAGGCAGCUCUCCACGCAGCCAGGGAGAACAAGAAAGUAGUGGACACCCAGGACUUUGAACAUGCAGUGGAGAGAGUUAUAGGAGGUACAGCGAAGAAGUCCAAAGUGUUGAACCAGGAGGAGAGGAAGGUGGUGGCCUACCAUGAGUCAGGUCACGCCCUGGUGGGGUGGCUACUGGAGCACACUGAUGCACUUCUCAAGGUGACCAUAGUACCCAGGACAUCAGCAGCUCUGGGGUUUGCCCAGUACCUACCCAAGGAACAGUACCUCUACUCUCAGGAGGAGUUGUUUGACAAGAUGUGCAUGGCCCUGGGUGGGAGGGCAGCUGAAGCCAUCAUCUUCAACAGGGUCACUACAGGAGCCUCAGACGAUCUGAAGAAAGUGACCAAGAUGGCGUACGCUCAGAUUAAACAGUUUGGGAUGAACCCUAACGUGGGGUAUCUGUCCUUUCCCGAGGAGGACAACAACGGACUGGGCAAGAAACCCUUCAGUAAAUAUCUGGCCGCUCUUAUGGACGAGGAGGCAAGACGAUUGGUUGCUAGAGCUUACUACCAGGCGGAGAAGAUUCUUGUGGACAACAAAGAUAAACUGGAUGUGCUUGCUGAAGCCCUGCUUGACAGAGAAGUGCUGAACUACAACGACGUAGUAGACCUACUGGGCCCCCCUCCCCACGGGCCCAAGAAAACAGUGCAGGUGGCCGGCUGGGACUUGGACGAUGGGGACGACGCCCCCUUGCAGAACCUGAGUGCAGGUGUGGAAGAAGACAAGCCCAUAACUGCAGCUGGCAGCGUGAGCCAGGAUUCGAACCCACAACCUUGAGUCACUGGGUGAGUCAGGAUCGGACUAGCCCUAAACAAAGACUGGAUGAGAUGAGAACUCAAAUAAACACCGCAGCCACAUAUUUAGACAGCGGAGAGCCGCGCCAUCCUGUGUUAGUCACGUUCUCGUGCGGUGCCCGGCGCUUCAAAUCCACCUGUUGACUGGUGUGUUUACGUAACGAGGAUAGUCUGUUAUGUUUCAUCUGUUAGGGUGCUGCUCGGUGACUAGAUGGGAGUAUCUUAGAUGUAAAUACGUUAUCCCAGUGGAGGGAUUGUUUCUCACGGAUUCUGUAAGUUGAAGAAUGCAGAUUUGGGCUGGUAUGGGUUUGGAAUAUGUCUAAAGUACUGGAAUGUACGAUUCAAAGAACUGGGGAAGGACAUCAAC